AUGGAAGUGCAAAGGUCUGCUUCAUGCUUUGCUCGAAUUUCGGACUCAAGUGCGAGUAGCACCUUUGGGUGGCUCAAGCAGUCGGCCAGCGCUCGCGUCCUCGACUUAUUUGACAUCUUGCAGGACGAAGGACUUCCACAGUGGGGUGUUCAGGUUAUGAACCUUGCACUAGGACAAGUCGCGUUCAAGUAA